CCACAGUUAACGACACGACUAACGGAAUGGGGAGGUUCUGAGGAAUACCUACGAGGUGGCUUUUUGUAUAGAAUGUUCGAAAAUACGCUUCUAUUUAGGAUGAGCAGUUCGAUUAUCUUUUUUUUUUUUUCGUACACAGUCAUGAGCAGUUCGAUUAUCAACACUGGAAUUUGGUCAGGCUGCUUCUUCUUCAGAAACAAUAAGCCUAAGCCAAACCCUAAUAAGUCCCUUCCCCGUUUCUCAAGAAAUGCAAAAUAUUCAUCUUCUUAUAUGAAUACUAUGGUGCUAUCUUCUUCUUCUCACUCCUCUACCAUUUUAGAACAACCUCUCAAGUUCGCAGUACUUGGUGCUGGUUUUGCUGGAUUAUCUGUGGUUUGGAAUCUUUUACAGCAUACUUCUAAGGACUCGCGUGUAUGCAUUGAUAUCUACGAUGAAAUCGGCAUUGGAGGUGGUGCUUCUGGGAUUUCCGGAGGACUUCUUCAUCCUUAUUCCCCUAAAGUUUGUUGCAGCUAAGCUUCUAUGGAAAGGCUCAGAGUGCUGGAAAGAGUCUUUAGAUUUGUUAAACAUUGCUGAGAGGGCUAAUGCUUCGAAGGAUCCAAGCAUUGAAACACAAAAUUUGGUCUGGAGAAGGGGAAUCUUGAGACCGGUAACAAACACAAAGAAUGUGGAUAUAUUGAAAGAGAAUUCCCAGAACUUCCUUGAGAGUUGCAGAUUACUUUCCAUAGAUAAAUAUGGUGCACAAAAACUUGUACCUGACAUAUGUGUGCCUUUGGAUUCUGCCAUCUAUAUGCCUCAAGCUGUUAAUGUCCAUCCACCGCGAUAUCUUCAGGCACUAUUCACAGCUUGUAAGAACCUAGUGAAUGAUAUGGCUACGUUGGGCUAUGACACAAAAGAGAUAAACUUGCUCCAAAAGUCUGUUCAUUCACUCCUCGAACUAUCAGGGGAAUACGACGCAGUGAUUGUGUGUCUAGGGGCUAAAGCAGACAUGGUUCAAGAACUUUCUGGAAGGAUCCCUUUGAGGACAUGCAGGGGUGUAGUCACUCACCUUGAGUUGCCUCAUGAUGUCAUGGGGAAAGAAUAUGGAGAUCGCAGCCCGUCUAUCUUAUCAGAUGCAUGGCUAGCAAUCCAAGGUCCACGAAACUUGGUUCUGGGAUCAACAUGGGAUUGGAAUUCAAGAAACUAUUCUCCACAUGUCUCUGCAAGCGAAACUUUGAACGCUCUUGAGGAACUUAUACCAAAGGCAUCAGCUGUAUACUCAAGUGUUGUAAACUGGGAAUUCACGGGAGCAAGAGCUGGUGUGAGGUCCAUGCCACCAUUGACUCCUUAUGGAUCUAUUCCUCUCUUGGGUUGUGUGGAUGAUAUCAUUUUCCAUGAUGGUGGGAAUAACCUCAACCACAAGCAUAGCAGUAAAACAAAAUACUGGUUAUUUGGAGGGCUUGGAGCAAGGGGCCUUUUAUACCAUGGUUGGCUUGGAAAAUUGAUGGCUCAGGCUGUACUUUCCUGCGAUGAAAGUUUACUCCCUUCUGAAUUAACCAGUUGGAGAAAAACCAGACAUUGAAAAAUUUGUAUAUUUUCUACCCCUGCAUUAAAUUUGUGGUCUAUUCAAGAGACAGAGAAUGAUGAAGGAUCCAGUCUGAUUUUUCUUGUUUCAA